UUUUUCCAAUGGCUUUGCCUCUGCGGGUCGCGUCUGCUUGGGCGGGGAAGAGGGCGCUGGGGCAGGGGCGGCUCCUGGUUUAUGUCGGGCGGAGAAAGGGGAGGGGCUGGUGGGGUGAGGACCCCAUCUCCCCUCCCUGCUCCCGCCCUCUGGGCCGAGCCCCACCGAUGGGGCUGGGCGAAGGGGCGGGCUCUGCGCCUCAGGCCUCACUGCUCCGCCAGCUUCGCGGCGCAGCCCGGCAUUUAGGGAUUGCGGGCCAGCCCUUUGCUUUGCAGGCUUAGUGGGAGGUGGGCGAGGACGCAGGAAUAGGAAAAGAAGUGGCUUCUGCCUGGGAGUCCAGAAUCGUCGGGGCCGGAGACGCUUUCCUCCAACGCUGUAGCCGAGACAGCGGCUGCCGGAGGCUGCCGUCCCCAAGGAACGCCUGGGUCUCCAGCCGCGGCGGCCAGUGAGCAAGCGUUUGGCGAGAUUUCCCCACUAGCUCUUGGCCGGCCGCUGAGGCGAAGGGAGGAGCUGCAGAGGGCGGGGAUUGGUGCCGGAGGAGGGGCGGGGUGGGAAUGCUCUUGAGAACCCGGUGGCCGCCCAGACCAAAAAAACCCGAAUGGCUGGAGCGCGUUCAACUGUUACCAGCCUUUUUGGGCAGAGCACGGAUUUGACAGCUCCACAACGUGAGGAUAUCCGCUGACCCCGCGAGACAGAGGAGAGCACUUCCCUGAGACUGCCUGUCCAGCAAAGCCAGCGCUGUAGGGUUUCAACUUUCGAACUUUUUUCAGUCUCUGACAAGGCUUGCCCCUUCAUGUAGGAGAGGGUAAGUUCUGUCUUGUAGGUCGCUUGAAAGCCAUCAAUAUAAAAGACACUUCUUGUUCCAAAUGUCAGCCAGACAUCUGUGUUUUCAUGACGAUUCGGUUUCUCUGAUUUUAUUCUUACAUUCCUCGUUUUAAAAAUACGAAGUGCUUUUGGGGACAUGCUGAAGGGUAACUGAAGACUGCAAAGAAAGAUCUCCAGUUGUCAUGGCUGAAGGAGAGAAUGAAGUGAGGUGGGAUGGACUGUGCAGUAGAGAUUCAACUACUAGAGAGACAGCACUGGAAAACAUUAGGCAAACCAUUUUAAGAAGAACCGAGUAUCUUCGUUCGGUGAAAGAGACACCUUUUCGUCCAUCAGACGGGCUUUCAAAUGCUGUUUCUUUGGAUGGGUUGAAUAAGCUUCUUGCUCAUCUGCUUAUGCUUUCUAAGAGAUGUCCCUUUAAAGAUGUAAGAGAGAAAAGUGAGUUUAUUUUGAAGAGCGUCCAGGAACUUGGAAUUAGAAUUCCUCGACCACUAGGACACGGACCAAGCAGAUUCAUCCCAGAAAAGGAGAUUCUCCAAGUGGGAAGUGAAGACGCACAGAUGCAUGCUUUAUUUGCAGAUUCUUUUGCUGCUUUGGGUCGUUUGGAUAACAUUACAUUAGUGAUGGUUUUUCACCCACAGUAUCUAGAAAGUUUCCUAAAGACUCAACACUAUCUACUGCAAAUGGAUGGGCCAUUGCCUCUACAUUAUCGGCACUACAUUGGAAUAAUGGCUGCAGCAAGACAUCAGUGUUCCUACUUAGUGAACCUCCACGUAAAUGAUUUCCUUCAUGUUGGUGGAGACCCCAAAUGGCUUAAUGGUUUAGAGAAUGCUCCUCAAAAACUACAAAAUUUAGGAGAACUUAAUAAAGUGUUAGCCCAUAGACCUUGGCUUAUUACCAAAGAACAUAUUGAGGGACUUUUAAAAGCUGAAGAGCACAGCUGGUCCCUUGCAGAACUGGUACAUGCAGUGGUUCUCCUCACACACUAUCAUUCUCUUGCCUCAUUCACAUUUGGCUGUGGAAUCAGUCCAGAAAUUCAUUGUGAUGGUGGCCACACAUUCAGACCUCCUUCUGUUAGUAACUACUGCAUCUGUGACAUUACAAAUGGCAAUCACAGUGUGGAUGAGAUGCAGGUCAACUCAGCAGGAAAUGUUUCAGUAAGUGAUUCCUUCUUUGAGGUCGAAGCCCUCAUGGAAAAGAUGAGGCAGUUACAGGAAUGUCGAGAUGAAGAAGAGGCAAGUCAGGAAGAGAUGGCUUCACGUUUUGAAAUAGAAAAAAGAGAGAGCAUGUUUGUCUUCUCUUCAGAUGAUGAAGAAGUUACACCAGCAAGAGAUGUAUCUCGUCACUUUGAGGAUACUAGUUACGGCUAUAAGGAUUUCUCUAGACACGGGAUGCAUGUUCCAACAUUUCGAGUACAGGACUAUUGCUGGGAAGACCAUGGUUAUUCUUUGGUAAAUCGCCUUUAUCCAGAUGUGGGACAGUUGAUUGAUGAAAAAUUUCACAUUGCUUACAAUCUUACUUAUAAUACAAUGGCAAUGCACAAAGAUGUUGAUACCUCAAUGCUUAGACGGGCUAUUUGGAACUAUAUUCACUGCAUGUUUGGAAUAAGAUAUGAUGACUAUGACUAUGGUGAAAUUAACCAGUUAUUGGAUCGUAGCUUUAAAGUUUAUAUCAAGACUGUUGUUUGCACUCCCGAAAAGGUUACCAAAAGAAUGUAUGAUAGCUUCUGGAGGCAGUUUAAGCACUCUGAGAAGGUUCAUGUUAAUCUGCUUCUUAUAGAAGCUAGGAUGCAAGCAGAACUCCUCUACGCUCUGAGAGCCAUUACCCGCUAUAUGACCUGAUGCCUUUCCUCCAUUAAAGAUAAUGGAAUGAUCAGCAGAUAUAGUCUACAAGGGGAAGGUACUAAGCCCCAGGACCAAUGGUAGAUAAAAGAAUUCAGAAAUCCAUUGUGCCAUGAUUCCUUUAGUUUCUGCUAUGUUACUGUGGAAAUACCACUGCUGGCACGAGCAGUGAAUGCUUGGCAGCUUCAAGUGUAGAGCUGUGAAGAAGGGCUGCCAUUCACAGUAUUCACAGUAUUUUGCUUUUUGACAGUACAAGAUGCUGUAUAACUGUUUUAAUACAGCAAAUAGUAACUCUCCAAAUCCUGUUGCUUUUAUGUUAAAUAAGAUAACAAGAAUUGGAGCAUGCAAAGAAUGGGAGUUGGAUAAUGACAUAAGCUUUUUAUACAUAAAGAAUUUUAUUUAGAUCCUGGUGCUGCUAUUUCUGCUGAUGGAAUGAAUAGAGUGGCUGUUCCAGUUAAGCUAUUAGUAAUAAAAGUGAACACUGCUACUAUCUGAGCCUACAUACAUAAUUUGCGUGGUUUCAAAUUAAACUUGCAUAUGUGUUAAUUUUUUUGCAUCUAAAAAAGCCUAGAAUUAUUACAGCUCGGCAAAGACCAUUUUGAUGGUAACAGUUCAUUUCUUUCAUUAUAGUUUUUUUUUUUUAAUUCAGCUAUUGGAUGACAUUAAAUUACAGUGGCAUUCUUAAAGAUUUUCUUCAAAAAGCAAUCUUAAAUGAAAGUGUAUAAAUUAUAAGAAAAGCUAGCUAUCUUUUGAUAUGCUGUUUCCCAAGAUUCUCUGACACUGGAGGGCAGCUGUCUUGUGCAGUAUUUUGUUUCCAGCACUGAAGUUGUGGGAAAUGUUGCUGUAGACUGCUGCGCAGUCCCAGGUGCAUUCUGCCCCUCUGCUCCUGCCCACCUCGUGGUCCCCACUUUAAAGAUUGUGCAGCUCUUUAAAAAUAAAGCUGGAAAAUAUUUUUAGUCAGGUUAUCAAAUUUGAUUUACAAAAAUGCUAACUUUGGGAAAAAAUGUAUUAAGUACUUUGUAUUCUGGAAGUGUGAAUUGCUUUUGAAGUCUGUCAGUAUUACUGGUAUUUUUCAAUAAAUCAUUUUUUCUCCAA